AUGAUUGUUCUAGAAUGGCUAUUUCUCACAAUUGCUCCUUGUGAUGCAGCGGAACCAUGGCAAUUAGGAUCUCAAGACGCAGCAACACCUAUGAUGCAAGGAAUAAUAGACUUACAUCACGAUAUCUUUUUCUUCCUCAUUCUUAUUUUGGUUUUCAUCUCACGGAUCUUGGUUCGCGCUUUAUGGCAUUUCCAAAAAGAAAAAAAUCCAAUCCCGCAAAGGAUUGUUCAUGGAACUACUAUCGAGAUUCUUCGGACCAUAUUUCCUAGUAUCAUCCCGAUGUUCAUUGCUAUACCAUCAUUUGCUCUCUUAUACUCAAUGGACGAGGUAGUAGUAAAUCCAGCCAUUACUAUCAAAGCUAUUGGACAUCAAUGGUAUCGGAGUGCGCCUCUUCACGAGGGUGAUUUAAGUGCAACGAAAUGCCUUAAGAAUAUGGUUCGUGAAGCAUCUGGCUUACCGGUAAUCUCCCAUUCCCGCCGUCCAACGGAUUUCCUUUCUCUGAUAGAGGCUCGCUUCUUCAAUUCAAGUUCAGCUUGCUGCUUUUCAUUUUGA